UGUCGGUGAGCAUGGAGAUGAAGGACUCGGGCAGCGUGGUCCUCACCGCCUAUCAUCCACACCGCCCCGCUAGGAUGCCCAGCGUGGAGCAGAGCUUCGGGGAGGAGGUGCCCUCCAGCCACUCGCCCAGCAGCAGAAAAUCUCUGUCUCGCUGUCGAAGGAUUAACAGGAUGCUUUCCAACGAGCCUACACCUCCUCCUUCGUUCAGUCGUUCCAACUCACAGGUGUCCAUGGACAGUACCUCCAUGGAGGACUUCUGGUGUGAAGUGGAGAGCAUUAAGGAGAGCAGUGAAGAUAGGCCUGAAGAAUCAACACUCUUGGAGUUCAAGCCUGCUGAUGAAGGGGAGCUGGAGGCUGAGUGGCUGCAAGACGCAGGUCUGUCCACGUUGAUCUCGGGAGCCCAAGAGGAGGACGGCCAAGCCCUGCUGUCCACCCUGACGCGGACGCAAGCCGCCGCAGUGCAGAAGAGGUACAACACCUACACGCAGACGCUGAGGAAGAAGAACAAGCACAGCGUCCGCGAUGUGCGCGACAUCUUCGGCGUCAGCGACUCCGCGCCCACAUUUGAGACAGUUCCAGUGUCACCAGUUCCUUCUAAUGGUAUCCAGCUUCCUGGGCAGAAGCCAGUUUGGAAAUCAGUUAGCUCUAAUAGCUGUCUAGAUUGUGGACUAGAUAAAGGCAGCCCAUUGGUAAUGGAAGAGCUCUCCUAUGAGGUUUCUUUCUCAGAAUCCAUUACAGUCGUUCCAAAAGCCCGUGAAUGGCAGAAAAAUCAGAGAUUCAAAAAGGACGACUCUGCUUUGCCUAAAUUCAUCAUUCGGAAGAGCCGUUUUGGAUUGACAGAGGUUGGGGACCUUUCUCCCGAGGACAUGAAGAAGAUCCGCUACCUCUCCCUUAUCGAGUUAACGGCCUUCUAUGAUGCGCUGGGGGUGGAACUGAAGAGGAACAGAACAGAAAGAAUCAAAGGACGAGAAAAUGGUCUUUUUGGAGUCCCUCUCACAGUACUACUGGAAAAUGAUCAAAAGAAGGUUCCAGGCAUAAAAGUUCCCCUCAUCUUUCAAAAAUUGUUACUCAAGCUUGAGGAAACAGGUUUAGAAACUGAAGGAAUUCUUCGAGUGCCUGGAUCUGCCUCAAGAGUUAAGAAUCUCCAUCAAGAACUUGAGGCAAAAUUUUAUGAUGAYACUUUUGACUGGGACCAAGUACGAAAUAAUGAUGCAGCAGGACUGCUAAAAAUGUUUAUAAGGGAACUCCCAAGCCCACUCUUCACCAUCGAAUAUCUACCUGCUUUCAUCACGCUAGUGGAAAAAAUCUCCAAGAUCAAGUUACAACUACAAGCUUUGCAUCUGCUGAUCAUGCUGCUGCCCGAGGCCAAUAGAGACACAGCCAAGGCCUUCCUUCAGUUCCUGAAGAAGGUGGUUGCCAAUGAAGGGAAAAAUAAAAUGAAUCUCUGGAAUGUUUCCAUGAUUGUUGCACCAAACCUCUUCAUCUACAAAGGCAAACGUGCAAACCAACAAGAAAUGCAAGCAGCUGCCACCACAGCACACAUCGUGCGACUUUUAAUUAGGUACCAGGACAUCUUGUGGACAGUCCCAUCCUUUCUGAUUUCCCAGGUGAGAAAAAUGAAUGAGGCAGCAAUGAACAACAGCAAGAGGCAGCUGAUGUUUGACAAGGGCGUAAGAAAGCUUCUGAGGAGAAAGACCAUGGAGAGGGAGAGGCCUGAAAGACCAGAGGGAGCAGUCACUUUUCCCCCAUACCUGCAGUCUGACAUACCCGAGGGAGUGAUAAGAGUUUAUGCUCCACUACAUUCAAAAGUCUCUAUGGCUAUUCAACUCAACAGCCAAACAAAAGCCAAAGACAUCCUGGCUCGAUUCCACUGUGAAAACAGCCAUGGAUCAUCACAAAACACGGGAGGACAGAUCCAAAGUUUACAUGAAAUUGGAGGAAAUAUAGGUCAGCACUGCCUGGACCCGGACRCCUACAUGUUAGAUGUUUACCGUGCAAAUCCUCAGGCAGAAUGGGUGAUAAAGCCCAAGGCGAGCUGAAGUGUGAGGUGGCACCAUGCUGGACCAUGGCCAAAUGGACAACCGCGAUGCAGCCUGACCGUUUUGUGAAGGUCAUACCACAGAUUCAAGCAAAUUGGUAGCUCUGGGGUUGAGCUCCUUCCUACMGUACUGUUCAGCUGAUGUUCGCCAUGUACUGAUUUUGGUAUGAGAACUAUCGCUCCAGUUUCUGGAAAACRUCACAUCGGUUCUGCUUUGGAUUAUACUCGUGCCAGCUGGCGCAGGAGUUAAGAGGAAGGACCGAGGUACCGAAGCACAGAGAACAACCUGUCACAUACAGAGUUGUUCCUUUCCUGAGCUGGUGUUAGAAUGUGUAUUUUUGAAAAGGGAAAACUCCAGUGGCAUCCUAGGAUGCAUGCAACACUACCAACCAYGGAAGCGUCGCAGAGACAUUCAAGACAAGAAGGUAUCUCUAAAACAUGGAAGCAGGAGCUCCUUCUACAGCAGUGCCAAAAUGUAGCUGAGAAAGAAAACCAAACCUUUCUGCUAAAAGACGUACUGUGUGCAUUACUGCAAUAUUUAUGUCCUCAGUCACUCCACAUUGGUACCUGACACUGGUGGGAGGCAGGUGGRGGAAGAAUAGCCAUACCGUUCUAUGUAUGUAGCACCGUGCAGUCUGUCCGUCUUCUGAAACCAUCUGUCUGGAUCACGUUACUGUGUGUAUUUGUAGGACCACUAACUGUUUUUUUCUCCCUCCCUCCUCUACCACACACACACUGAUAGCUCCAGGAGACAAAUGCUACAGGAGAGGCAUAUUCCCUYGCUCCAUCUUUUACUUAGUAUCUAAGUAGAAGACCUUUUUCAUCUUUCACAUAGACCUAAAUCUGUGGCAUUCAAUAAUAAGAUAUAUGUGCAAAUGGUGCCACUUAAAAACAUCACCCUUUUUUGUUAACCUUUAUCAUUUCUUUAUUCAUAACCUAAUUCUUUUUCUUUUGUUUAUUUUAGUUUUAAUAUGUAAGCAGCUUUUAUACUAUUCAGCAGCACUGAGAAGAAGGAUCCUUGUUUGCAUCUUGUAUAAUACAGCAUGGAUUAGAAUAAGAGCUUCCAGUGAGCAGAGGGAUUUAAUACUAUUUAACAUUUACAAAUUUGGGCCUAAAGAUGUAGCUAAGCUAGGCUCAGCUCUGCUAGUAAUUUUACAAAUAAGUAACAAAUCGUAGCACCUUUCAAAGGUCAUUUACUGUCUCUGAAGAGAACAAAAGCCUAGAGAAG